CCGGGCGCCGUGGGGCCGGGGUUUGCGGGGAUGGGCCCUAAGCGUGUCCUGCUCCCCGUGGUGGCCUUCCUCGGCCUCCUCUUCCUCGCCGGCCUCCGGCUCCCAGAGCUGCAGCUCUCGGCCUGCGUUCGGGGCGGGCGGCCCUGUGGCUGGCUCGGGGGCAGAGGGGAGAUGGCCCCCCCUGAACAGGACGGGAAGCCGCCCCUUCUCGGCUCCCGCCUGCCCCUUCCCAGGCAUGGGACCCUCCCUCCGCCCCGGGCCCCCCGCUGCCCAGGCCAAGGCUUCCAGAUCGGCCACCUCCUGGCGGCCUUCAGGGGCUGCGUGACACCAGAGGGAGAAAUCCUGCUGCAAGAGUAUCUGGCCGGCUGGAAAGAACUAAUCAA